CAUAUUUACAAAACCCCUCCUCUGCUUCGGCUCCAUAUCUUUCAAAACCCUAGGAGAGAGAGCAAGCUCGAGUCACUCUAAAAAUGGUCCAGCGGCUAACUUACCGCAAGCGGCACAGCUAUGCCACCAAAUCCAAUCAGCACCGCGUUGUCAAAACCCCUGGAGGGAAGUUGGUGUACCAGACUACCAAGAAGAGAGCUAGUGGCCCCAAGUGUCCUGUAACUGGCAAGAGAAUUCAAGGGAUUCCUCACUUGAGACCUGCUGAAUAUAAGAGGUCUAGAUUAUCUAGAACCAGGAGGACUGUGAACCGGCCUUAUGGGGGCGUAUUAUCUGGAAGUGCUGUCAGGGAAAGGAUCAUUCGUGCCUUUUUGGUCGAAGAGCAAAAGAUUGUUAAGAAGGUAUUGAAGAUUCAGAAGGCCAAGGAAAAGCAAGCCACAAAGAGUUAAGACUGAGAAGUUUAGUGGAUUGCAAGAUACUUUUAGAGUAUUUGUUAUGGACAAUGAUAUUGAAUCUUGGAAAGUAAUUUAGGUUUUCCAUUUUGGAUUUGGAUUUGUAUUUUGCUUUUGAUGGUAUGAACAUGAUUUACUCCACCUUGUCGACAAGUCCAUUGUGUUACUGUUUUAUUUUUCGUUAUCCUUUCUGUUCA